AUGUCGGGGCUCUUCUCGGCUGUUGCUCAGAAACACAUCGCCCGUGUCAGCAAAGAGGAGCAGGAGUUCCAUCAGAACUGCUCGAAGACCGCUCAGGACACCACGCAACACGCAAAAUGUGUCAGUCGAUUAUUGAAGGCGGCUGUGAAGCAGAGGAGAGAACCGAAGCCCUCCUCGCCCUUGCAAUGGGAAGGAGCGUUCGGGAUGGCGCGCGCAAAGCGCAGCGCCAAAAUUAAGAUCACACAAGCCGAGGACUACACACUACAACACCCUUACGAUGAACCGACGUUUGCACAGAUUGCUCGCCACAUGACCAGCGGCGUGCGCGCCCUACGCGGCCGUAAACAACCGCGAAACUGGCAAACCAUCCUCAAUGAGGUCCACCAAACGGCCGAUGAGGAUCGGAUGGAAAAGAGGAAAAAGAAAGCCCUAAUGCGACGCCUGAAAUCGUGGAUCAACAACACGCCGAAGAAGCUGGAAGAUGGGUGGAGAACCGACGCCCUGGAGCAGAUGGACGAUACCCUACGGAAGAAGGAAGAGCUGCUGAAGAAGGCCAAGGCCACGGAAGAUGUCCGCGUUCCAUUGAAGGUUGUCCGCGAGGCCAUAAAGCUUGGGAUGAUGUUGAGCGGCCAAAAUGUCACGAACUUUGAGAAGAAGACGUUGAGGCUCGGCUCCCCGCGCUUCUUCUCGCUGGUGAAAGAUCAGGAUGAUGAGGAUUUGGUAUCUGUAUUCUCCCCGUCGCUAUUUUCCCUACACGACGAGGGUGGAAAGAAUGAAAGCCCGCUCUCACUUCCGGGAAUGCUCAAAAAGCUGACCAAAAAGGAGCAGCAGGCUUGGAUGGACUUUGUUGUUGAAGCUUCAGGAGUCGGCGACGCUGUCGAUAGCGCGCGAGCCGCCAAAAAAGCCACAAAAGAUGGCGCGCUGCGAACUCCGGACGGGACACCGCUAUAUUUUAAUAAGAAAAAUCUUACAGAUAUCUACGGAAGCAAGGAAACCGACAAGGUGGAUGUCUUCGAGAAACUGGCGCAUAAUUAUGACGCUAAGCAGGUAUCCGCUCUCGACAAGCAGGGCUUCGCCUUCAUGACGGAGGAGCAGGUAGAGAUGAUGUACGGCAAGGACAGCCCGUACCACGACGCCGAAAGACUCGAGCGCUACAAGGAAUUCGCGCGCAAAUCGAACGCUGCUAAACAUCGGCAAAUCCGGAACGAAAUCAUCCACCUCGGCGAGCACGACUACAAAUUCGCCACCCAAAACGUCACCUCGUUAGUGCAAGAACACAAGAGAAGGAAGCGAAACAUUGUGUUGUCCCCGAUCAUCAACACGCCUCUGCUAUUCGCCUCGGCCGUCAUGUCCAACACGUUCAUCGUGCUUUCCCCGGUCGUCAUGUCGCCCGUUAUCUUGUCCCCGGCCGUCAACGGGCCCGUCAUUUUGUCGCCCUGGGUUUUCAUCCCUGUCAUCCUGUCACCUCGCGUCCUCUCGCCGCUCAUCGUCAACCCGCUGAUCUUCUCGCCAAUUAUUCUUAGUCCUCUCGUGCUCCACCCCCUGAUCCUCUCGCCCGGCAUCUUCAACCCGUUGAUCUUGUCCCCGUUCGUCUUGUCGCCCUUCAUCCUGUCGCCACAGGUAUUCACACCCGUGAUCCUCUCCCCGUUCGCCCUGUCGCCGCUGAUCUUGACGCCAGCCGUCGGCUCGCCGUUGAUCUUAUCCCCCUUCGUGCUGUCCCCCAUCAUCCUGUCGCCACAAGUCCUCUUCGCCGUCGUGCUGUCCCCCUACGCGCUGUCACCGCUCGUCGAGAGCAAGCUGAUCGCGUCUGAAGUCGUGUUGUCCCCAUCUUUCCUCUCC